AUGGAUUUGAUUCAUCAAGAGAAGCCAGACCAUUUUACUCUGUCCCAAGUUACAAGUGAACACCACGAUAUUGCCCUACAAGUGAUUAAGCGUUAUUUCUUAAGUGAACAUGUCUUGGUACGAGCUCGGAACAUGGAUAUCUCCAACGACUAUGCACUUGACGAAUAUCUCGUCAGUUUACUUAAACAAGGAAAUUCAAUAUUCGCUAGGGCGGAAGACGGCACAAUAGCGGGAUUAUGUGUCAACUUCGCCAGUAGCCCGAUUGACCCUAGGAACUUACGAAACUAUGCUUUUUACAGACAGGAUCCUAACACCAAAGACUUUUUGUAUUUCACGGCAAAGCUGCAGGAGACACCUAACUUGUGGGACAUAUUCAAACAGCAAAAAGUUUAUGAGAUAAAAAUGUUAACAGUUCUACCAGAAUUUCGAAGGCAAGGUCUGGCCGUAUUUAUGGCGGAAAAGAGUAAAGAUUUGGCUCAUGAUCAAGGGUACAAUGUCAUUCGUAUGGACUGCAUCAAUCCUUACGACUAUAAAAUAGCGGAACGUUGUAUGCUACAGUGCCUAGUCAAAUUUCCCCUGCAUAAGGUGCGUGGUGCCAAUGCACCGUUUAUAAAACGAAGUUCGGAUUUCAACCGAUGCGUUCGCGUGUACGUGGAUGCACGUCCACAGCCUGACACGGACCGCACAACCAUCAAGAAGCAAGAUCUUGAAAGUCUUAUAGAGUAA